AUGGCUGAGAGUGGAUAUGAAAUACUGGAUGAAGAAGCCGGUGACCAUGGAGAUGUAUUGCAGUUGAGUAAGGAAGAGAUAAUGAGUAAGGUAUUCCGAAGCGAAGAAAUAGCAUAUGAAUUUUAUAGGAGGUUUGGCAAAUGUUUUGGUUUUGGUAUUCGGAAGGGUGACUCGGGAAAAGAUGAAAGUGGAAGGGUUAUUCGUAGGAGAUUUUUUUGUAACAAAGCGGGCUUGAGACAACGUCAUCACUAUGAUAGGUUAGAUAAGCAGAGAGGUCACAGACCAGAAAUGCACACAAAUUGUGAGGCAAAGUUGUCAGUCUACCUUGAUGUGGUCAGUGGUAUAUGGAGGGUUCAUAGUGUUCCGAUGUCUAAGAUUCUGGGGUAUAUGGCUGGACAGGCUGGUGGCUAUUCUCUAAUGGGCUUCACUAAGAAGGAUGCAUACAAUUAUAUUAACAAUGCUAAGCGUGCAAAGAUUAUUGAUGGGGACUCUAACGCCGCUGUUGUAUAUUUGGAGGAAAAAAUGGGGGUCAAUCCAAUGUCGAUGGCUAGGUAUAAUGUUACUAAGGAUAAUAUGCUGGCCAAUAUGUUUUGGGCCGAUGGUGGCAGUAGAGUUGAUUACCAAUACUUUGGAGAUGUUCUAGCCUUUGAUUCCACCUACAAGAAAAAUAAAUAUCGGAGACCGUUGGUGAUAUUUUCUAGUGUGAAUAACCAUAAGCAAACGACAAUAUUUGGGUUUGGCUUGGUGUUAGAUGAAAGCGUUGGGUCUUAUAAGUGGUUGCUGGAAAAUUUGUUGGAAGUCAUGUGUAACAAGAAGCCGUCAGUUGUAGUCACGGAUGGCUGUUAUUUGAUAAAAGCUGCAAUCAAGUCUGUUUUUCUGGAGGCAACACAUCGAUUGUGUGCUUGGCAUAUGGAGAAGAACGUAACCGCUAAUGUGAAGGAAGAGGAACUGUGGCAAUAUUUCACCCGGUGGCUAUACUCAGAUAUGGAAAUAGAUGAAUUCGAGGUUGAGUGGGAUGAUGCCGUUGAAGAGUAUGGGUUGCAAAAUAGUUUUUGGGCCAAAAAAAACUUUUCAGAAGAGGAUGAUGUGGGCUGA